CUCGCGAAGAAGCCAGAAAUAGCCUCGAAUCGUUCGUAUAUCGGGUCCAGGAACUUCUUUCUGAUAAAGAUCUUAUUAAAGUUACUACCGAGAAACAACGCUUAGAGCUAUCUUCGAAAGCAUCGGAAACGUCAGAUUGGUUAUAUGGGGAGGGAGAAGAAUCAUCAACAGAAGAGUUUCAAAUACGUCUCCGCAAUCUUAGGUCACUCGAACAGCCAAUCACAUAUCGGUAUGAAGAACUCACUCGACGUCCCGACGCUAUUCGUGCAAUCCAAUCUGUCAUCAAAAAAACUCGAGAAUUUAUUGAUCAAUUGCUGUUAAAUUCAACUACUGAAGAUCAAUUGAUUGCAGACGCGGAUCUCGACAGAUUGAUGUCAGUGUGUCGUAGAGUUGAGCAGUGGCUUGAUGAAAAAUUAUUUGAACAAGAAAGGAUUCCUUUACAUAUUGAUCCAGUCUUGACUUCGUCCGAUAUUGAAAAAAAGGUACGAGAGAUAGAACGUGAACUACUGUUCUUAGCUACCAGGAAACCACCCAAGAAUACUCCUAGAUCCAACGAUUCUCAGAGUACUAGUAGUGCGGACAAAUCCGAAUCUGCUAGUCAGACAACCGCACUUACUGGCGAGACGACAUCAACGAACAUUCCACACGAAGAAUUGUAG